AUGACAUCCACAACAGUUGCCCCGGAUUCACUUGAAGCCAAAUGUCCUGGCGGCCUCGGUUGGGCUUUCUACGGUCUAGGAGAAUGCAUCCGUACAAGCAGAGACAAGAUUUCUAUAGCAUUUGGAGUGCUGAGUAUUCUGUCGUGGCUUCUUUUCGCUCUACCUCAAAUGAUAACCAACUGCAUAAAGAAAAUUCCUGAUGAGGCUGUUUCACCUCUGCUACUUAUCUUUUGGCUGAUUGGAGAUUCCUUAAAUUUCAUCGGUGCAUUCCUUACGCAUCAACUGUUUCUUCAGACGAAGGAGAAGAAGAUCGGUUACGCCAUUGGCUGGAUCGGCACGUUUAUGUACUUUUGCUCACGUGCCCCGCAAAUCUUCCAAAAUUUUAAAAGGAAGUCCACCGAGGGCCUGAGUCCGUAUCUUUUCCUGUUAGCCAUAUUGGGCAAUGUGUUCUACGGUCUACAGAUCUUCAUCAAGUCAACAGAUGCUACGUUUAUAUUGACUGCCCUACCCUGGAUCCUGGGUAGUCUGGGAAUACUUGUUUUCGACGUUAUUGUAAGUAAAGACUAUCACUGA